CUCACGCCUCAUCCCGGCAUUGCUAUCCAGGACCGGGGGCAGCGCGGCGCUCCCCGUCCGCUCCAGUCCCGACCCGCGCCGGGUGCCGCACCACACUUUGGACCCUCCUCGCUUCCCGUCCGCCCCAGGGGAGCGACCGGCGGCGGAGCCGCAGCCUCACCCGGAGGAGGCGGUGGCGGGACGCGAGCCCUGAGGCAGCCGAGCCGCUUCCUCCUCCUCCCUCCUCCUCCUCCUCCUCCUCUUCCUCCCCCCUCAAGAUGGCGGCGGACCCCGCGGAUCAGUUCUGCGUGGCCGAGGAACGCAGCGGCCACUGCGCCGUGGUGGACGGGAACUUUCUCUACGUGUGGGGAGGAUACGUGUCAAUUGAAGAAAACGAAGUUUAUCUGCCCAGCGAUGAGCUCUGGAUCUAUGACAUGGACAGUGGGCUAUGGACAAUGCACCUGAUGGAAGGGGAGUUACCCACCUCCAUGUCMGGGAGCUGUGGGGCAAGCAUCAAUGGGAAGCUGUACAUUUUUGGGGGAUUUGAUGACAAAGGAUACAGUAAUCGGCUGUAUUAUGUCGAUUUGCGAACAAAAACCGGAACCUACAGGUGGAAAAAAAUCACAAAUUUUAAAGGUCAACCUCCCACACCACGUGACAAACUUUCCUGCUGGGUGUACAAGAAUAGGCUGAUCUAUUUUGGGGGCUAUGGCUGCAGGAAGCACAGUGAGCUCAGUGAUUGUUUCGAUGUGCACGAUGCAUUUUGGGAAGGACAGAUAUUCUGGGGAUGGCAUAAUGAUGUUCAUGUUUUUGAUACAACCACACAGACUUGGUCUCAACCAACAAUUCAAGGUGGAGAUCCACCUCAGCCUCGAGCAGCUCAUACAUGUGCUGUGCUGGGAAAUAAAGGUUACAUCUUUGGAGGACGAGUGCUGCAAACCAGAAUGAAUGAUUUGCACUGCCUGAAUUUAGACACUUGGACUUGGUCUGGAAGGAUUAAUAUCAGUGGAGAGAAGCCCAGAGAUCGCUCCUGGCACACGCUGACUCCAAUAGGGGAUGACAGACUUUUCCUUUUUGGUGGCCUAAGCUCUGAUAAUGUUCCUUUGAGUGAUGGUUGGAUCCACAGCAUUGCCACAAAUGGAUGGAAACAGCUCACCCAUCUGCCUAAGAGCAGGCCUAGGUUGUGGCACACAGCCUGCCUUGGACAGGAGGGAGAAGUGAUGGUGUUUGGUGGCAGCAAAGAUGAUUUGCUCUUUAUGGACACGGGUCACUGCAGUGACUUGCUGAUAUUUCAGACUCAGCCUUACUCCCUCCUCAGGCUGUGUCUCGACUGCAUCGGGAAGAACGCAGCUCUCUUGGAGAACCAAAUUCCCUGCUUGCCAUCCAAACUUCUGCAGGACGUGCUGAAAAAAAUCACCUUCUGGGCUGCCAUGACCCACAGGCAGGAGAGAAAAGCUGAGACUGAAAGACAAAACCAGCUCCACUCCACAUGAAGCAGGGCAGGGACACRCUGGGACACCUCAGGGUGGUUUGUGAGUGAACUUUGCUGCUGUUCCACUGUGUUCAGCUGAGUUUCUAAGUGAAGUUUGAAGACAAAUCCUUUUUAUGGGAAUCUCUUGGUUCCUGCAAUACAGAAAAUUGAUACAACUUCAUUUCUAGAUAUUGUUCACCUCUGCUGUCGUGGUCUUGACUAUGCAGCCCACACAACUUGUUUUUUUUGGAAGGGACAUGAUCCGUUUCAGUUGGAUAAAACGUGUUUUCAGUUUAAAAACCCUCCUUGGCCUUAUCCCAUCAGCCUUCCCAAAAAGAUUAAUUCAACUCGCUGUUUUGGAGACACUUUGUCAGUCUUAAAGGUAACAAAUUUACCACCACCACCAAAUCCUGAUUCCACCAGCCUCYGACCAUCCAAUCCAACCCUGGAGCCCCACACCUCACGCUCCAAGUAGGAAAAUCCAUCAGGGAAUUGUGGAACUUGAAGAAAAAGCUGCAACGAGCAACAUCACCUGAUCUCUAUAGGAAAACUUGAGUUUCAUCAYCUGAUUUUACUGUUUCUGUCAUCAGGAAGUCCUUUUGGAAACGAGUUGUAUAUUGUAUUUUGGAUGUGCAAAGUUUAUAUUUCAUUCUUGUUAAACAAAGAAACCAACCAAGUUGCUUAUUUAUUGUUUAAAGAAAAAGCCAAUGUAGUACUGGUUAUUUUUCUGUUUCAAAAAUUUAGUUAACAGGARCACAGUCAUUAAAAUUUUAUAGAGAGUUGGAUCAA